AUUAAAAAUCAUUCCUAUCCAGACUACAAAACGUGAACAAACUUUUCACGUUCUUCCCAUUCUUUUCCUCCUACAUAUUUUUAAUCUUCAGCACACCCAAUAUCUCUCAGCCGUCGGAUCCCACACUCAGUAGUCCCUCAGUCUACGUGUCCAAAUCAUAUUGUUUCAUGGCAGUCUAUCCCAUGAGUUUGUGAAUUAUCCUUCUAUUUUUUAAAAAUGUUUCCAUCUUUCGAGAGGGAGCCGAGAAAGCAAACAAAAUAUCGGCUAAACGCCGCACAUUUUCAUGGAUCUUAUCCUACAUGAACACGUGGCAAUCAUUCAUCCACCUCACAUCACUCCCUCUUCGCUGUCUUAACGGGGAUGACCGGUUCAUCCCGUUUCCCAAAAUUACAUAAAUAAUGAUAUCACAGCCUGUCCACCAAUCUCCAUCCAAGAUAGUACACCCGUCCCCAGAUUAUUCCACCGGUAACGGAUGAAUCCCGGUCACCAUGGACCAAAGCUUUCAAAUAUAAGUAAGAGGUAGAGCCGAGAAGUGGAGACCAGACUAGACCAGUACUCACUCAACAUUCCCAUUUCCAAUCUCCAGCUCCCAAGGUAAAUAUGCCGAUCAGAAACAUAGCGGUUGGCCGGCCCGAAGAGGCGACUCACCCCGAUGCUCUCAAGGCAGCUUUGGCUGAGUUCAUCUCAACCUUGAUCUUCGUUUUCGCUGGAUCGGGCUCAGGAAUGGCUUUUAACAAGUUGACCGACAACGGAGCAACAACCCCGGCCGGUCUCGUAGCGGCCGCUCUAGCUCAUGGCUUCGGUCUUUUCGUCGCUGUCUCCGUUGGCGCCAACAUCUCAGGUGGCCACGUCAACCCCGCCGUCACCUUCGGUGCUUUCGUUGGCGGGAACAUCACUCUCUUGCGCGGCAUUCUUUACUGGAUCGCCCAACUCCUAGGCUCAACCGUCGCUUGCCUGUUGCUUAAGUUCGCUACCGGCGACCUGGCUGUACCAGCUUUUGGAUUGUCAUCAGGUGUGGGCGUGUCUAACGCAUUGGUUUUCGAAAUCGUGAUGACCUUCGGAUUGGUGUACACAGUGUACGCCACAGCCGUUGAUCCCAAAAAGGGAAGCUUGGGAACAAUCGCACCAUUGGCAAUUGGUUUCAUCGUGGGGGCCAACAUUUUGGCAGGAGGUGCCUUCGAUGGAGCCUCAAUGAACCCAGCUGUUUCAUUCGGACCAGCCUUGGUUAGCUGGACAUGGGACAACCACUGGAUCUACUGGGUCGGACCCCUUAUCGGUGGUGGGCUCGCUGGUCUCAUCUACGAGUUCAUCUUCAUCAGCAACACCCACGAGCAGCUCCCAACCACCGAUUAUUAAGCCUAAUCAGGGUUUAAUUGAUUUGUCUGUCACUUUGAAACCGGAUUUUCUCCGAUCACAUUUGAGUCUCCUAUCUCUUUCCUUGUAUUUUGUGUUUAAUUUGUGGCCGUCGAUCUUGUUUACUUUUUGUUUUUUUUCAUUCCCAUCCUCUAUCAUGAUCAUCAUGAAUGGCAGAUGUUUACAAUUGCAUGCCCUGAAAAAAUGGUAUAUGAGUGACUCACUGUAAUUCUUUUUUCUUAUAUUAUUGAAAACCAGCGUCAGGGCUGUAAA